AAGAGCCAUCACUUUAUUUUCAAGAAAACCAAAGCGAACCGAGCCGGAUAAUUGCAAAAGAAAGUUUUCACCGUGUCUUGGCCUCGGCAUAAAAGGGGAUUACGAUGAGCCGGAAGCAAACAGUCGCUCCCAGAGAUUGCUACCAAAAUGAACGGUUACGUUGCCACGAAGAAGUCCAUCCUGCUGGUAUCCCUGCUGGUGGUAGCAUCAGUUAGGGCCAAUCCCUUAGCUCAGGAUGAGCAUGCCCGGAAGGAGCGUCAGCUUAAAGGAGCAGCCACCGAUGCGGAUGUCAAGAUGGUGGCCACCAACGUAUCUCCAGCGAUGGCCACUCAGCCCAUGACCAUGACCAUGGGUAUGCCGGUGAAUCAGAUGGCUUUGAACGCCGUCGGCAGCCAGCUGGUGCGGUAUCCCAACUACCCGGGUCUGAUCUAUCCUGGAAUGGCUCCUGGCCUAAAUGGCAUUCCCGGCCUGCAGACGAAUAUUGCCAACACCAACUAUCCCACCAACUAUCCCACCGCCUAUCCGGAUCCCAACUUGGCGGGUGGUGUUCCUGGCUUUGGUGGCUUCGGACCCUACGGAUACCCCAGCCCCCUUCCACCCAUGUUUGGUGGCUCCCUCGGAUAUCCCAAUCCUCAACUGCCCAACGGAUUUGUACCACAGCCUUCGGUGGAUAACUUCCAGGCUCUGAACAGCAUCGUGAACAUGGCCAAUUCCCAGGGACUGGGCGGCGGAUAUCCGGCUCCUCAACCCUUUCCCAUCCAGGCUAACAUGGCCGGAUUGUAUCCGCCGGCCGGUGGCUUCCUGGAACGCAUGAACAUGCCCCAGGCCUAUGCCCCAGGAUUCUAAAUUCAUUCUCGAUCCAUUCUUAAUAAGAUUUAUUUAUUUUAUUUAUUUAGCCAAAUAUACGAACAUUUUUAAAUAAUAUAAAGUAAUGUGUUUAAUCCUUUAUCUUUUUAAAUCAUUUAAAGUUUAAUAAAUAGGUAAAAAUAUUCAAAUUUUAAACUAGCCUCUUGAAACUAAAUAUUUCAAAUUUAAAUCCUUAGCUCUUAUAAGUACGAGUAUAUCCCACUUUCCAGUUCAGAUUCGAAGGCUGUGAGCGCCUUGUGAUCAGCUUGAAGUCUCCUUUGCCCGAAAACUUUGGAUGAGCUCCCCGGGAACGCCAUAUGUAGCCGUUGGGCAAACGGAGAGGCAGCCUUUGUCCUCCGCUCGCUAGGAGGAUGCAGUGCAGCAGCAAAAGAAGCGGAAUCAGCAACAGCUGGCUCC